CCUUCAUUCCUCCGUUUCCUGCAGCAGGCAGCAGCAGCAGCAGCAACUUCUGUUUCUCUUUCGAGCAGUUUGAAUCGAAUCGUCGUCGUUCGAGCAUCGGUUGUUGUGUUCUUGUCGUUACUUUCACGCGAAGUGGUGCAGUUAUGUGAUGGGGUGCUUUCUGACAGUGGGGGUGCUCUUCUCAACCCUUUGUCUAUUUGCUGCAGGUCAGGAGUACAUCAUCACGGGCCCUGCGGACACCCAAUUCAUCCCCAAUUAUCGCCAGACCCCCGACUUCAACCCCUUCAGACCCAACUUCCAACACGUGGACUCCUACCUCCCUCAAAGGGACCUCCAAACGUCCCACCUCCCCUACCACUUGCAACAAACCCUCCCGCAGUACCGUGCCACCACGAAAACACCCCCAAGGUACUCCUACCAACCCCAGUUCGACUAUCGAAGCUCACAACCAGCGCCAUUCCGCACCCAGGAGCAAAUAGUACCAUCAACCCAUCGGCCAAACUACUCCAACUUGUUCCCACACUCCCAUCGUAACCCACAAACUGAAACCUUCCUUGGGGAAAUCACACUUCAAAGUCCAGAAGACUUCAAACAGGAGAUAGACACGACUGAGAAAAGCAACGUUGUGACGAUUGGAGGCCGAGGGAAUUUUUUGAACCACAGGACACGAAUUUUUGCUCCUGAUACCGUCAAAAAAGUACCACUUGUGAGGGAGUACUAUGUUAACAAAAAUGGGAAUGUUUUUAGUACCACACGAGCUCCCAUAACCCAAAAAACGACAACUGAAAGUUUGAGACGAAAAACUACAAGUGGUACUACUAGUACUACUAUUGAAAGUACUACUAGGAGGAGCAGGAACGGGUUAGAUUUUGAGUCACUUUUGGAGGAACCGAUCAAAAAUUCCAACACCAAUGAUGAUGUGGUCGAAGUUGUCAAGUCAAAAAGUGUCGAAAUGACAACUUUGAAUAGUCACAAUGAGAGUACCACCGAUUUUGACUAUGAUACAACUCUUGAUCCGUCAGUAGACUACGAUAAAGACGAAGGAGAAGAAGAAGAAGAAGAAGAUCCAAUCAAACAUCUGGAAGAGUUAAGGAAGCAACAUCCUGAAGAAGAAGAUUACGUUAGUGAAGAAGAGGAAACUCCGAAUUCUGAAGAAACCAACAAUGUUCGUGACGAAGAUUAUGAAGAAGAAGAAGGUACCACCACUAGUACCGUUAGAACUACUUCUAGUACUACUCCUAGUACCAUUAAAACAACUAUUGCUACUCCUAGUACUAUUAGAACUACUGAUGCUACUCCUAGUACUACCACUGAAGAAGUACCAACCACUCGCAAAACUGAGGCUCUUUUGGCCGAACCGGAGACCGUAAUUUCGGUCGUAACGACUAAAAGUGUGGUUAACAACACCAUCCUUCCGACAGCUACACCUUUACCUAACUCUACCAUAACUUCAGAGAAUAGUACCGACACUUGGGUUGUUGUUGCAUCAGUUCAGACGAGUCGAAGUGUGUCAGGUGCGCGUUACCUCCCUUCUGAUGAUGUCAAACAGGACGAAAGAAUCAAACUCUUGAAUGAGGAAAGUACCGAAAGUACCGAAACUACCGACGAACCAAUGACGGUACUACCAACCACCAAACACAAAACUUCUACUGAAAGUUUGAUCGAUAAGCUAGACCGUGUCCAGUCGGAUUUAUCGAGCAGUGUUUUCAAUGGUGGUUUGAACAAUAUAGCGGUUAUAACCGAAAUGGCCACAACCACACCCCCACCACCUAAACCAGUGGUCCAAAUCCGAAAAUUUUCACCUUUUGCACGUCCUUCCACCACACCAAGAACCAGGAAAAUUGAAAUUGUGAAACAGGAUGAUUUGACCGGUUUGCUACCACCUGGGUUUAAGCCCAAGUACCAGAACCGCAAAACUACGGUUAAACCGGAUUUGGAGUUACCACAAGGUGAUGAACCACCGAAAAUUGGUCGUUCGUCGGGUAUUUCAAACAAAACCAAAAUAACAGUACAGGAUGUAAGCCCAUUUUUACCACCUGGCUACAAAAGUACCAAAGACCAGGAUGAUAGUACCAAACUUUUGGCCGAAAUUUUGGGGAAAGUUAAGCCCAAAAUCGUUAAAGUUGACGAUGUUUCGGCCUUUUUACCGCCUGGCUAUAAACCUACUUCUGGUACUACUAGUACUAGUACCACCACCACCAAAUCGGUUGAUGGAAUUUUGUCAAAGGCUAAACCGGUUGAUGAUAUCAGCGCCUUGUUACCACCUGGAUAUAAGUCUAGUACUAGUACUACCAAGCCUAAACCUAGCAUUGAGGGGGUACUAGCUCACGCGAAACCGGUUGAUGAUAUCAGUGCUUUGUUACCACCUGGUUAUAAACCAUCUAGUACCGCUAAACCUGUUAAACCAAAAGGGGUUGAUGGGUUAUUAGCCCAGGCUAAACCAGUAGACAUUAGUGCCUUCCUACCACCGGGUUAUAAGGCACGAACGACGCAAAAACCCCUAACAACGCCUGAGAAAGUACCAUCUAGUUUGCUACCACCUGGGUACAAACUACGCGAAACUACUACUACUAGUAGUACUACUAGUACCACCACUACCACGACCAGUAAACCAAGCGGUUUUAAGAUCGUUUUCCCAAGCCGACCUGGUGGUACCCACCGUAAAUCCCCAAAUAGAAUUACCACCCCUCCUAGUACCAUGACCGAGGAACCACGUGCCACGGCACCAACAAUUCACAAAGGGUGGCCCUCACGGGCGACUACUGAAUUCACAGGGUGGCCAACCCCUUCAACCACUCCCAUUUCAAUUGAAAAGUUACUUGAAGCUGCGAGAACCGCGGCAACAAGUACCACCCCAGCUGUGGACAGUACCACCAGUACCACAACUAGUACCACCACGACCACGACCACCACAACCCCCAAACCCACAACUCCGGGGGUGUGUACGGGCGAGUGUGACCUUGCUGGUACCAUCAAGCUAGUCGGUGGUGCCAAAUGGGUACCAGAACUUCUAGACCGGAAUACGAAAGAGUGGCAGAUUUUGGCAAACGAAGUCCAGACACAGCUUGAGGAUGUUUUUGGCCGCUCAAACGUGCUGAAUAAGUGGUACCGCAAGAUACGGAUCGAUGGGUUUAGUGAAGGGUCGGUCCUUGUUGACUAUUUGGUCGAAUUAAAUGAUCUGGGGCGGAAAAUCGAUACACAAGAGAUCAAAAAACUGUUUCAUGAUUCGCUCGACGAUGGUGCGACGAAUCGUGAGGGAAAAUCGUUGAACGAAACGUCGAAAAUGGCUUUAGGGAAGUUUACAGUUGAUCCGAAAUUCACUGAUUUUGUCGUUUUGCCCAAACAAGUUUACCCAACUGUGGGCUAUGCUGAGGAUAAUGUGCUAUUGCCCCAAUGGGCGAUUGCUGUCAUUGUUAUUGGUUUAGCGUCGCUUCUUUUUGUCAUAAUUUUCGGUGUUACGGUGUUGGUCAAUCGGCAGAAAAAUGCCAAAAAGAAGGCUCCUGUUUCACUGACUGAGGAUAUGUUGAAUGAAUUGAACAAGAACCAUAUGGGUGGGUUUGACAAUUAUGGUGCCGAUGAUUUGUACAAUAUGGAGGAUGUGUGGAAUGAUAGAGGCUUUGAGCCUAAGCUCGCCAAAAAGCGCUCCUCCGGUUCUCUGCACGACAACAGCAUGUCCAACCUUUACGACAGCUGGCGUUCCGAAUGGAACGGUUACUAUUACAACGCCUACUACGGCAACAACAACCCUGGAAGUAGCAGCAGCCAUUACGGCCGUCGAAGAUCCGACUACGACACGAAUUUUUGAAAAGAUUCGCCAAACUGCCAAUCAGAAUCCGAAUCAGUACAGUCCGUUGAUUUUCAUGCACACAAACACCUAAACAAACAGGGUUUUUCCCCCGAUUGGUUUUGCUCAAAUCCCGUCCUUCCCCGAGAAUGUACAGAUAUCGAUAAAUAAUUGCCAAAAUGCUAGUGAUGAAAAUCGAGCGGGGCUGUAGUAGUUUUCCAGGUUUUUCUAGUCAACAAACAGCCUACUAGCAAUGGCCAAAGGCUGUGAAAGCAACCUAUCGAGACUUUAUUAUAUUGAACAUCGAUGACGUUGAGCUUGCGCGCGAUUUUUGCCGUUUUUAUUACGUGUUUGCUUCCGUUGGAGCAAAGUUUUUUGGAAACUUUUCGAACGUGCGAAUGUGUAGUUCAUCCCGUUUUUUCAACUGUAUAUAAGUGUAAAUAUAUCGUAAGAUUAUAUCUAUUUUCCCAUUACCUAGGCUAGACGCAUUCAACAUUUAAAUUAUUGUAAAUGUAGCUGUUAAGGUGUUAAAUAAAUCAUUAUAAAUAAUA